UUCUUUAUAAAUGCAACUAUUUAUAAACUGAGCUAUUACUUCAUAAAGGUUACUUGAAGACUUUUAUAAUAAUCAAUUGGAAGUGGAGUGAUGUAAUUUUAUUUAUUUUAUUCAAUAUUCCUGUAGUGUCCACUUCACUCUGCAUUUUUCUAUUUGCAUAAAUUCUCAUUUGAUCAAUUCUCAUUCAAACACAAGUACAGCUGUUGAAAGUUAUAUGUAUUAUAUAUAAUAUAUCUACAUUAUGUACAAUACAUUUGUAAAACUGUGAACUAUAUAUAUUGUCCUCGUCAUAGUCAACAAUCCAUCGAAGACAAACAAUACUCCUCACAAGAACAAUACUUCACUCUCGCACCCUCUCUCACACACACAUUCACUUUCUCUCUUACUAGCCACCCUUAGUACAAAGUGGCAACAGUUUUGGUAGAGACGGGUGGUGGUGUCAAGAAGAAACUUCGACCUUGAGGGACCCAUUUUCGUUUGGCCAACUAUAGGCAGAUUCUACUAAUUGUUCUGUUUCAACCUCUGCAAAAUUCUUGUCCCGUCUUUGUUUCUCUGCCAUAAUAAUUAUAUAAUAAUAACUCAACCAUAAUUAUUAUAAUAAUAACUUUAGAAAAAUGACAGUACCGUAGGAAAAAAUAACCUUCAACUUGAACUUCACAACAAGCAGCAAGGAAUAAACAACCAAGAUUUAGUUGGUUACCAUGGCUGCCAUAUUAAGUUUGUUUACGAAAGUGGUCGGUUUGGAAUCAUGACAUGCUGCCAGAUUCAUUGAACAGAUGAAUCGCUAUGGAUUCUAUAAAUAUGUUUAAGGAACAAAUAAAAAUUUAUUGAAUCGAUAAAGUUAUUGAAUCAAUAGCUAUAGCGUUGUUUAUUGAACGACUGAGAAACCGGGCAUAAGACAUAAGAUUUUUAGACCUUAGCUUACCCUCUGUACCUGAUUUGUCUGUCAAUUUGGUCGCAGAAAAGCUGAAAAGAAUAACUUUGGAAAAACAACUAUUUUUCUCAGCUUUUUCGAGACCAAAUUGACAGAAAACGUUCAAAUCAGGUACAGAGGUUUGAAUAUCAAAAUCUGUGUUUUCCCAGCUUUAUUCUUUUCAGCUUUUCCGAGACCAAAUGACAGAAAACGUUCAAAUCAGUUGCAGAGGUAACACGCCUAAAAUCGGAGGUUUUUCUCUUUUGAAUUUUCGACGUAGGGAGAAAGCUCAAAUAAUAAAAAUGCAGAAUUAUUGUGACUUGGUGAUUCUUCACCCUCGUGCUGUAGUCAAGUUGGACGUUGUUGAUUGUUAUGUGAGCAUUCAUUGCCUGGACUGCAAGGAAUUACUACGAAUUAUGGAGGGUGACAAACUAUAUGGAGCCCUGAAAUAUAGAUUUCUACUGAACGAAAUUGUGCGCAGUGACAGAGCAAGGAUGGGGUGAUGCCAUGUGAAUAAUUUCAUCGGCCGCUCGCUGAUGAGGAGACUGUUUUGAAUCAACACGGAAAUUGCGGAGUCAUCGCAUUCAAUUUGGCGACAGCCACACCCCCGCUG